AUGUCGGGUCGGGUUCGGACGGGUGGAAGAACAACCGGAAAGAACGGGACAUUUUUCAUAUGGAAGUAUGAUGAGAAGAUAGUAUACGAGGAUAUCAUUGCAGCAAAAGAGGAUUUCGACUUUCGUUACUAUAUCCGUGUUGGUCGUUACGGCGGCGUUUACAGAGCGCAACUCCCUUGUGGAAAAGUUGUUGCCUUGAAAAAACUUCACCGUUUAGAAGCAGAAAAUCCUGCCUUGGACAAGAAAUUCAGGAACGAGAUCAAGUUUCUAACGCAAAUACGACAUCGGCACAUCGUGAAGCUUCAUGGAUUUUGUCUACACCGACGCUCCAUGUUCUUGAUCUACGAAUACAUGGAGAAAGGGAGUUUGUUCUGUAACCUAAGAGAUGAAGUGGAAGCCGUGGAAAUAGAUUGA